AUGGCCUCUCGUAAAUUAGUUUUCGUAACUGGAAACAAAAAAAAACUUGAAGAAGUUCAAGCCAUUCUUGGAACUUUUGUUGAAUUGACGAGUCAAAGUCUUGAUUUACCAGAGAUACAAGGCACACCUGAUGAAAUAUCAGCUAAUAAAUGUAAAAUUAUAACCGAAGAUACUUGUCUUUGUUUUAACGCAUUAAAAGGUUUACCAGGGCCAUACAUAAAAUGGUUCUUGGGUAAAUUAGGACAUGAUGGUUUAAACCGAAUGUUGGCAGGUUUUGAGGAUAAAUCCGCUUAUGCUUUAUGUACAUUCGCGUAUUCUAUUGGACCUGGCUCGGAACCAAUAUUAUUUGAAGGCCGUACUGAAGGCAAGAUUGUUCCUCCACGUGGACCCACAGAUUUUGGAUGGGAUCCAAUUUUUCAACCAGAUGGAUUUGAAGAGACUAACAGUCAAGAUUACAAAAUUUGGGAUCCUAAACUUGGCAGAGGGAAGGUUGGUCGUACAAAUUUUAUCGGACUCAACUGGAAAGGAAAGGAAGAAUUCUCCGGAUUCUGGCUUUUGAACCACGAAGACGAACGGAAAAAAGAAACAGGAGUAAACUCCGAACAACAAAAAAUUGAUAAUGAUGGUGUUAGUAAUGGUAAAAAUGAAAGAAAAUCAAAAAAAUCAAAAAAGAAAUUAAAUGACGACAAAAUAUCUUCGGAAAAGUUAGAAAAGCUGGAAUCCUUAAUUGAAAAAUCGGAAAUAACCAUUCCUAAAGAAUCAUCAAUAGCGACAAAAACAGAUAUGACAGGUCACGCACGUGAAUCAACAUUAAAGGAAGCUCAAAAUAUCAUUAAUAAGGCAGAAUUGGACAACAGCAAAAAUUCAGGAAGAAUUCAAGAAUGA